UCUCAGCCGUUCCCGCCCUUUCUUUUCCUAAUUACAUCUCUCUCUGCUUAGUCGAAUCCCUAUAUUCCAAUUUUCCGAUCGAGCUUCAUAAUCCGUUUCAUAACCUGUUAGGUCUGAUUUUAUUCUUGGUUAAAUUUCCGUUUGCUGCCUCAAUUUUGCAGCAAUUUACAGUGCUGUGCCAAAAAUGGUUACUGCAGCGAUUGAGAAUGGCGAAAGCGAUAUGGUAAUUGAUGGUAACGAACAGAAGCCGAAGAACACUGUGUCUGAUGGCUUCGAUGCCAAUUAUCUCAAAAUUUACUACGGGAAGCUUUUUCCGUAUGCUGAUUUUUUCAAAUGGAUGUCUUAUGGAAAUGAUGGCAAGCAUCCAGGCAAUGACCAAUCCUAUUUUGGCCGAAGAGAGUUUUCAUUCACCUUGGAUAAUGAUGUUUAUCUACGAUUUCAAUCUUUUAACAGUCUGUCUGAAAUGGAAAAUUCAAUCAAAGAAAAAUGUCCAUUUAAAAUUGAUAUUGGGCCGGUAUACAGUGUGGAUCCUGCAAAGAGACAUGCAUAUGCUGGCGAUAAUGUAUUUACUCCAGUGGAGAGAGAGCUGGUUUUUGAUAUCGAUAUGACCGAUUAUGAUGAUGUUAGAUAUUGUUGCUCUGGAGCUGGUGUUUGUUUGGAUUGCUGGCCUUUAAUGACAGCUGCUAUCAAAGUGAUUGAUACUACCCUCCGAGAUGACUUUGGAUUUAACCACAUUCUAUGGGUAUUUAGUGGUCGACGUGGUGUUCAUUGUUGGGUCUGUGAUGGAAAAGCUAGAAGGUUGUCUAAUGAACAGCGAGCUGCCAUUGCUGAAUAUUUCCAUUUAUAUCAGGGUAAUGAAAAUAGUCGCAAGAAAAUUUCUCUAACGGGUCCAGUUCUUCAUCCAUUUCUCGCGAGAUCGUACAUAGAAGUUCUCAAGGAUAGCUUUGAAUCACAAUUGCUUGGUAGUCAAAAGAUUUUCUCAACCGAGGAGAGAUAUGAGAAAAUAUUAGAUAUGAUUCAUGAUGAAUCCAUUACCUCAGAGCUUCGAGGAAAGUGGCAAGAUAAUAGGCGAACGUCUAAAAACGAUGUUAACUCAGUAAGAUGGGAGAAACUGAAAAAUAUGUUGCAAUCAGGGAAAUAUAAGGCACAAGGAAUGCGUCGGCAUGUUGAAGAGAUUGUUUUCUCUUAUACCUACCCUAGGCUUGAUUUGGAGGUUACUAAACACAUGAACCAUCUGCUAAAGGCACCAUUCUGUGUUCAUCCCAAAACUGGACGUAUCUGUGUACCCAUCGACCCUGAACAUUGUGAUGAGUUUGAUCCUACUACUGUGCCAACUGUUGCCCAGCUCCUGGAAGAACUUAAUGCAGCAGACAUGGAAGUAGAUGGUGAGAUUGCCUGGGAUAGAACCUCACUUGGGGAAUCAAUUAGGUUUUUCAGAUCGGCAUUCUUACAGCCAUUACUGAAAUCAUGCAAGGAGGAAAUAGAAUCUUCGUACAAUGCUAAAGUGCAACAGUCUAAAAAUUCUCUGAGUUGGUAGGGAGCUAUAUUAUUAAGCAAACACCCUUUUUUAGCUUCUAGGAGUGUUCCACACUUUUCUAUUGUCUUAGAGGUGCAGUGUAUAUAUAAUCGAGGUUAACUUAAUUAUGUUAAAAGGUUCGCUCUGUAUAUGUGAUGUUUGGCUACUUCAUUGAUAUGAAGACGAGACUGAACAACUUGGCAGAUUAUUUUCAUUA